GAGAAGCCCAUGGAGGGGAACCGGGACGAGGCGGAGAAAUGCAUCGAGAUCGCCCGGGAGGCGCUGGAGGCCGCCAACCGCGACCGGGCGCUGCGCUUCCUCCACAAGGCCCAGAAGCUUUACCCGACCGAGACCGCCCGAGUUUUGUUGGAAGCAAUUAUGAAGAAUGGAAGUGCUGCUGGGAGUGCUCCAUACUGCCAAAAGCCAGCAAAUGGCAAUGAUCAAAGUAAGCCCAGUAGUACAAAAGACAGCAAUGCGUCUGCUGCAGGUGAAAGUGGAAAAGGCUACACCAAAGAUCAAGUGGAAGGAGUACUCAGCAUAAAGACAAGUAAAAAUUAUUAUGAAGUACUUGGAGUGUCAAAAGAUGCUGGUGAAGAAGACUUGAAGAAGGCUUACCGAAAGCUUGCUUUGAAAUUUCAUCCAGACAAAAACCAUGCACCUGGAGCAACAGAUGCUUUUAAAAAGAUUGGAAACGCAUAUGCUGUGCUGAGCAAUCCAGAAAAACGAAAGCAAUAUGACCUUACAGGCAGUGAAGAGCAAGCAUGCAAUCACCCUGGCAAUGGUAGAUUUAAUUUCCACAGAGGUUGUGAGGCUGAUAUUACUCCAGAGGAUUUAUUCAAUAUGUUCUUCGGAGGAGCGUUUCCAUCAGGUAGUGUACAUUCAUUUUCUAAUGGUCGAGCUGGCUACAGUCAUCCUAAUCAACACCGUCAUAGUGGACAUGAGAGAGAAGAGGAGAGGGGUGAUGGAGGCUUCUCGAUGUUCAUCCAGCUGAUGCCUAUUAUUGUAUUGAUCCUUGUCUCUUUGUUGAGCCAGUUGAUGGUUUCUAAUCCUCCUUAUGCCUUAUACCCAAGAUCUGGUACAGGGCAGACCAUCAAAAUGAAAACAGAAAACCUGGGUGUCAUUUAUUAUGUCAACAAGGAUUUCAGAAAUGAAUACAAAGGAGUGUCAUUACAGAAGGUGGAAAAGAGUGUGGAAGAGGACUACGUGUCUAACAUUCGAAAUAACUGUUGGAAGGAGAGGCAGCAAAAAACAGAUUUGCUGUACGCAGCAAAAGUGUACCGAGAUGAUCGCCUCCGAAUGAAAGCAGACUCCUUGCCAAUGGACAACUGCAAAGAACUAGAAAGGCUGACCAGUAUCUACCGAGGAGGAUGAACUAGAAUUUUAACUGUGCAUCCUUAAGUACGCUAUUAUAUCUCUCCGGUCAAGUGAGAAGAGAUUUAGUUUCAUCCUGAAAGUUGAAAGGAGGGUGGAUUUAAAACUCUACUGUGUAGCUGUUUCCAGAAUCCUUAUAAUGAAAUAUCACUUAAUGGCUUCUUUACCUACUAUGAAAUAUAGAACAAAGUCAGUUUACAUAUUUUAAUUGUUUAGAUUUUACUUCAAAGGCUUCCGUGAAUUCUUUCAGCAGAGAGAGUAGCUCAGAAAGGAUGCCACACUUGUAGAGACUUAGUCAUAGUGGUUCUCCUCUAACAUAUUUGUCAUGUAAAUAUCUAUGGAAAGAACGCUUUGUGUAUAUACAAGUUAAAUGACUUUCUAUUUAAAAUCUCAGAAAUUUAGAUCCAUAAAAUAUUUUGUUUCACUGAUGAAAUAAAUAGUAUGACUACAUCA